AUGUCAAGCUUGCUUGCGUUUGUCAAUCGGAAUUGGAUUCUCGUGGCUGGACCUACGCCUGUUCCCAAGAAGGACAAUGCCCUCAAGUUUGGAAUCCUCGGUGCUGCCAAUAUUGCCUUAUGCGAGGAAACACGGGAUUCCGCAGCAAUUCUUGAUGACCCUUCUAUCGACUGUGUCUACAACCCAUUGCCAAACGGCCUUCACUACGAAUGGACGCUUCGCGCGCUUGCGGCAGGCAAGCAUGUCCUGCUAGAGAAGCCAUCGACAGCCACAGCGGCGGAAGCCGAGAUCCUCUUCAACCACCCGAUGCUGCAACAGAAGCCCAAGGCCCCCGUGCUCAUGGAGGCCGUCCACUACAGGCUGCACCCGGCAUGGUCGCUGUUCAUGUCGUUCAUCGACCCACCCAACGUCGUGCACGCCCAGGCCAUCACCAAGUUCCCACGGUUCCUGUUCGCAGACGACGACAUCCGUUUCACGUACUCGCUCGGGGGCGGCACGACGCUCGACCUGGGCACGUACGGGGCGUCGGCGGUCCGCAUCAUCUUUGGCGGCGCGCUGCCCGAGGAGUGCACCGCCGCGCACAUGAAGCCGUGUCCGGCACCGCGCGAAAAGUGCGACGAGGCCGUCAAGGCAACUUUCCGCUUCGCCAACGGAGGGACGGCCGACAUCGAGGCUACGCUGCGCGGGACGUUGGCGGAGCUGGUUGAAAUCUCGCCGCGGGUGUGGGCGACCCACCGACCCGUCGAGGUGCCGGACGCUACCCUUCCCGAGACCCAAGAGAAAAUUAGAACGCGCAAGGUCUACAUGGCAAACUUUAUGGGCCCGUCAAUCUGGCACCGCAUCGACGUCGAGGACGACUACGUGAUCCGGGAAAAGGUUCUCGGUGGGAUCGAAGGCCCGCACGACGAGAGCAGACGGACCGUCAAGAGCUGGAGCGAGAAGAAGAGCGUCAAAGGCUACACCUGGGCCGAGGCGGGUGUUGAAGGGAGAGGGGAUUCUCCUCAGUGGAUGACGUAUCGGCAUAUGCUUGAUCAGUUUGUCAAUCGGAUAAGAGGAGAUGCAGGCUCUGGUUUGUGGAUUGAACAUGAUGACAGCGUGAUCCAGGCACGCAUGUUGGACAUGAUGUACGAAAAGUCAGACGCAAUGCCGCACGAGGUUUUGAUUGGAAGCGAUUGCUUCACUGCCCCAGAGGCAGAGAAGCUCGUGAACCUGUGCAACAAGAAGAGUGGCGCAGUUGUCAAGCUCAUACACGGUCAAAGGGUCUACUAUGUCAACCUGAAGAACCCCAAAGGCGACAGCAAUGUUCUCGCCAAAGUUGCUCGUCUGCUCCAAGUCGCCGAUCCGUCACCCACAACCCCCGCCGCCCAGGAUGGAGAGAAUAUCGAACUAUAUAUCACCCCUCGCGGAAUCAGCCCUUGGUCGUCCCAAGCCACAGUCAUAUCUCACGUUUGCGGACUGAAGGACGAGGUUGAACGCAUCGAACGCGGUCGAAUAGUUAAAAUUGGCCUUGCCGACCCCACCAAUGACAGUCUAGAGUUCCGCGAUGUUAUCCACGACAGAAUGACCGAAACCCUGGCACGGGAGCCGCCAUCACUCGAAGAAAUGUUCGGGGAGGGAGAACGAUCCCCAUUGGUCACGAUCAACAUCUUCACCGAGGGCGGCGAUCCUCUCGAGGUCCUUAAGGCAUGCAACCAAAAGAUGGGUCUGGCUCUUGACCAGUCGGAGAUGGAGCAUCUGGUGGCACAGUACACUAAGCUUGAGCGUCCCCCUACGGAUGUUGAGCUCUUCAUGUUUGCCCAGGUCAACUCAGAGCAUUGCCGACACAAAGUCUUCAACGCCAGCUGGGUCAUCGAUGGCAAGAACGAGGACACAAGUCUGUUCCAGAUGAUCAAGUAUACCCACCAACAGACCCCUGAUUUUACCGUUUCGGCUUACUCCGACAAUGCUGCUGUUCUUGAGGGUAACAUGGCCAAUUACUGGUCCCCCGACUACGAAACUGGAGUUUGGAAGGCCGCCAAGGAGCUCCAGCACUUUGUCAUCAAGGCCGAAACACACAACCAUCCUACUGCCAUCUCGCCCUUCCCAGGUGCCGCUACUGGUGCAGGAGGUGAGAUCAGAGACGAGGGUGCAGUUGGUCGUGGAUCUGCCCCCAAGAUGGGCUUGUGCGGCUUCUUUGUCUCGGAUCUGAACAUACCAGGAGCAGUCAGGCCGUGGGAAGUUGACAUUGGAAAGCCUCACCAUUAUGCAAGCAGUUUGGAUAUCAUGCUGGAGGGCCCCAUUGGAAGCGCUCGAUUCUCCAACGAGUUUGGCAGGGCGUGUCUCACUGGCUGCUUCAGGACCAUGCUUCUCAACACUGCCGGUGAAGGUGAGACCCCUGAGUGGAGAGGCUAUCACAAGCCCAUCAUGUUGGCCGGUGGUCUGGGAACCUGCAGGCCCCAACUCGCUCUCAAGGAACCCACUAUUGUCAAGGAGAAUGCUUGCGCGAUAGUAUUGGGUGGACCAGCAAUGUUGAUUGGUCUUGGAGGUGGCGCCGCGUCCAGCAGCGCAUCAGGUGAGGCUAGCGCCGAAUUGGACUUCAACAGUGUGCAACGUGGCAACCCCGAGAUGGAGCGCCGCGCUCAGAUGGUUAUUGACGCCUGCAACUCGUUCGGCAAUGACAGCCCAAUCGCGUUCAUUCAUGAUGUUGGUGCUGGCGGUUUAUCCAAUGCGCUGCCGGAGCUUGUGCGGGACGCAGGCUUCGGAGGCAAGUUUGAGCUGCGUCAAGUUGAUUGCGUGGACAACAAGAUGUCGCCGCUGGAGAUCUGGGCCAACGAGUCGCAAGAGCGCUACGUGCUGUUGGUUAACCCUGAGAACCUGAACAGAUUCACCAGGAUCUGUCAAAGAGAGAGGUGUCCCUUUGCCACAGUCGGUACCGUGCUGCCCAAGGACUCGAACGGACAGGCGAAGCUUAUUUUGAGCGACCGCGAUUCCGCCGAAAACCCUUUCCCCAUCGAUCUCCCCAUGGACGCACUCUUCCCGCCUGGACGCAAGCAGACCCGUAAGGAUGACACUGUCAAGAGGAACCUUGCCAAAUUCGAUUCUGCGACGAGCCUGGAGGAGAAGUAUGGAUCCAUGAAGACCGGAGAGGCAAUAGCCAAGGCAACUGAGCUCGUCUUCAAGUUGGCAGCCGUUGGUUCCAAGAUGUUUCUCAUUACUAUUGGUGACCGCACCGUUGGUGGCUUGACUGCUCGGGACCAGCUCGUCGGACCAUGGCAGACACCUCUUGCUGAUGUCGGUGUGGUUCUCACCUCGUUCUCCACAAACGAUAAAACGAGAUAUGGAAACGCGGAGGCAAUGGGCGAGAGAACGCCGCUGGCGCUGAUCUCACCUGCUGCUUCGGCCCGCAUGGCCGUAGCUGAAAGCUUGAUGAACCUGUGCGCAGCCGAUAUUCAAGUGGAUGCCAACACAAGGGGUGAUCUCAGGCGAGUGAAGCUCUCGGCGAACUGGAUGGCAGCUGUCAAUACCGAAGGAGAGGGCGCCGCACUCUAUGAGGCAGUCAGGGGUAUUACCAUGGACUUCUGCUCGAAACUCCGUGUUUCGAUCCCUGUUGGCAAGGACUCGACGUCGAUGAAGGCAUCAUGGACCGACAAGAAAACUGGCGAUUCCAAGAGCGUGACUGCACCUGUGUCUCUUGUCAUCUCUGCCUUUGCGCCUGUGGAAGAUGUACGCAGGACUUGGACGCCACAGCUUCGCCGCGUUGAGGAGGUUGGUGAGUCAGUGCUGUUGUUUAUCGACCUCUCUGAGGGCCACCAGGCUAUGGGCGGCUCGGCAUUGGCACACACCUUGGGUAAACUGGGAGAUGAGGCCCCCGAUGCUCGCUCCACCAAGAUGCUCCUUGACUUCUUCGAUGCCGUCAACCAGCUUCACGAAGAUGGCUGUGUGCUGUCCUACCACGACCGAUCCGACGGAGGUCUUCUCACCACGGUAGCCGAGAUGAUGUUUGCCGGAAGGUGCGGAGUUGACAUUGAGAUUGACGACCUCGUGAAAUCGGGAUCUACCAAGGACGUUCUCGAUGCGCUUUUCAACGAGGAACUCGGUGCUGUAUUCCAGGUCCGCAAGUCGCACGAGAAGAGGUUCAAGGAGUGCUUUGCCACGUGCGGGCCACCAAAGGGUCUAAUCAAGAAGAUUGGUUAUGCGCGCUCGGCUCCGAACCAGUCUCUGACUAUCAAGUACAGCGGCUCCGAGCUUAUCAGUCUGGACAGGGCUGAGGUACAACAGUGGUGGUCAAGCACGUCUUAUGAGAUGCAGAAGCUCAGAGACAACCCAGCUAGCGCUGAAGCCGAGUUUGCCACUAUCGCCGACUCCAAGGAUCCAGGAUUGUCUUACAAACUGACCUACGAUCCCGCCGAGGUCAACAUCAUGCCAAUGAUGGCCAGCCUGAGAGGCCUGGUUACAUCCCGCCCCAAGGUAGCAGUAUUGAGGGAGCAGGGUGUCAAUGGUCAUGCCGAAAUGGCCUUUGCCUUUUCAGCUGCUGGCUUCGAUGCUGUUGAUGUACACAUGUCGGACAUAAUUGGUGGCCACUCGCUACAGGAAUAUGCUGGUCUGGCCGCUUGUGGAGGAUUCAGCUUUGGUGACACGCUUGGAGCCGGUCAGGGAUGGGCUCAAUCCAUUCUUACAAACGAAUCUGCUAGGCAAACAUUCCAGGACUUCUUUAAACGACCUGAUACAUUUGCUCUUGGUGUCUGCAACGGCUGUCAGAUGCUUUCGACCAUCAAAGAGCUUAUCCCCGGUACCCAAAACUGGCCCAAGUUCGUUGACAACGCCUCGGGACAGUUUGAGGCCCGUUACUCCAUGGUCAAGGUUGACUUUGGAAAGUCGUCGGUAUUCUUUGACGGCAUGUCGGGAUCUAGACUUCCCAUUGUGGUGUCACACGGAGAGGGUCGGGCGAUGUUCGCAGACGAAUCGUCGAUGCACUCGCUCGCCAACGCAGGUCUCAUCCCGCUCAAGUAUACUGACAACUACGGCGAGGUGACGGAGAAGUACCCGUUCUCGCCUAAUGGUAGUCCCAUUGGAAUCGCAGGUGUCAGCAGUCCUGAUGGUCGGUUCGUGGCCAUGAUGCCGCACCCAGAGCGGACCAUCAUGGCCGAUGCGUGCAGCUGGGCUCCAAGAGAACAGCUUGACCAGUGGGGCCAGUAUGGGCCGUGGUUCAGGAUGUUCUUGAACGCGAGAAAGUGGGUUGGUUGAUAGAAUGACCACCUAUUGGAAUCUGGAAAUCAGGGGCUGUGAGGAGUUUGGGAAAGGGUAAAGGUGGGCAGGUAUACUGUUUACAUCGGUUGGGUCUUGGCUUUUGAUAUUCCAUAGAUACGCGGACUCGUAUAUCCACAACGUUGCUAGUUAUUCAUCAUCGUCAUUGAUAGUGUGCCGUUGUCACCUUGCAUAGCAGCCCUAUCACAACAUGCCCCCAUAAUUUGAAAAAAGAGACUCGCAUGUGACAUGAUGUACUUCGUACAUAGGUAGAUAGAGAAUCGAUGUAUGGCUG